AUGCUGUCAUAUCCCCAGAGAGCCCCAAGAGUGUCCCUGGGCUCGCAAGUGCGAACCUUGCGUGACGAGAUUGCGAAGUUGGAGAAGGUCGAGACCUUGCGCAUGGCUGUGGCAUUGAUCAAGGAGGUCAAGAUGACGGUCGCCGAAGCCGAGGCCCUUGCCGCGUCGGCGCCGCCCGCUGCCAAAGAUGAGCCCAUGCCUCCAGCAGCCGACGGCUCGGCCGAGCCACCAGCCGCGCCGACGGCCAACGCCGCUGCUGCAGACGAGCCCAUGCCUGCAGCAGACUCCGUCGAGCCGAACGCCCUGGCGCAGGGGUCGGCGGAAGCCGCCCCAGCAACAGACCGCCCCGCAGAGGCUGCAGAGGUGGAGGAGAAGCGGAAGGCCUCCGAGUUGGCCUGGCGCCGAAAGCUGGCUGCAGCCUUCCGAGAGCUGAGGCGUAGCGAGCACGUCAAGCACGCCUUCGAGGUCGCGUGCCCCGGCAUGGUCGAGAAGGCUGUGGCGGCCGACGCUAAGGCGGAGAAGGAAGAGACCCAAGAGGAGGAGCAAGAGCAGGAUGCCGACCUCCUGUCUCUGGGGAUCGGCCCGGAGCACGUGAAGCGUCUCUUCGACGAGCUCCAAAGCUAG